GCGGCGCCCCCCGGUGCCCCGGCGGAGCGCGGCGGGCGCGGCGGGCGCGGGGCGCUCCGGGCGGUGCGGGCCGGGCCGGGGCCGCCCCGCCAUGUCCGUCAACAUGGACGAGCUGCGGCACCAGGUGAUGAUCAACCAGUUCGUGCUGGCGGCGGGCUGCGCCGCCGACCAGGCCAAGCAGCUGCUGCAGGCGGCGCACUGGCAGUUCGAGACAGCCCUCAGCGCCUUCUUCCAGGAGACCAACAUCCCCAGCAGCCACCACCCCCCCCAGAUGAUGUGCACCCCCAGCAACACGCCGGCCACGCCGCCCAACUUCCCGGACGCGCUGGCCAUGUUCUCCAAGCUGCGCACCUCGGAGAGCCUGCAGAGCAGCAACAGCCCCAUCACCUCCAUGGCCUGCUCCCCCCCGGGCAGCUUCAGCCCCUUCUGGGCCUCCUCGCCCCCCAGCCACCAGCCAGCCUGGCUGCCCCCCUCCUCGCCCACCGCCCACGGCCUGCACCACCACCUGCACCACGCGCAGCCCUCCUGGCCGCCCGCCCCCCCGGCCCCUGCCCCCCCACAGAAAGCCGUGGCCACCAUGGAUGGGCAGAGAUAAGGCUGGGGGGGUCAGGGGGGGCCGGGCCGGGGCGUUGGGAGCAGGGGCUCUCGCCGAGAAACGCACUGGAAGAAUUUUCUAGGUUUUAUUAUUAUUUUUAGUGGGGUGGCGGCGGGGGAGCAUGUGCUGCCAGGGAGGGCACUGACCUGUGAGAGCCUCUGGCUGCUCUCUACUCCCCUCCCCUUUUUUAAAAAAAAAAUAUAUAACUAUAAUAUAUAAAUAUA